AUGAUUAUGCACAUUCAAUCUACUGGCUAUGAAGUUUGGAAAAUCAUAUGUGAGGGUCCUAAGGUACCCACAAAAACCAUAGAUGGUCUGCUAGUUCCCAAACUUGAGAGUGAGUGGACUAGUGCUAACUAUAAAGAUAUUCAAUUAAAUGCCAAAGCUGCUAAUAUGUUGUAUUGUGCACUUGAUGCUAUUGAGUUUAACAGAAUAUGCACUUGUACCACUGCAAAAGAAAUUUGGGAUAAACUUGUUGUAACUCAUGAGGGAACCACUCAAGUUAAAGAAUCUAGAGUGAGCUUACUUGUUCAUAACUAUGAGCUCUUCAAGAUGAAACCAGAUGAAAACAUAUCUCAAAUGUUCACUCGUUUUAUAGAUAUUAUAAACAGUCUUAAAUCUCUUGGGAAGACUUACACGAAUGUAGAAAUUGUUAGAAAAGUCCUCCGAUCAUUGCCAAAAAGUUGGGAGAACAAAGUUAUUGCAGUGAUAGAAGCAAGAGACUUAUCAACAUUAAGUCUUGAUGAGCUAAUGGGAUCUCUCCUGACCCAUGAGAUCAUUAUGCAAGAAGGACAAGAAGAAGAAGACAAGAAUAAGAAGAAAGGGAUAGCUUUCAAGUACACCAUAAAAUCUCAAGAGGAAGAAAAAGAUGCUUCAGAAGAAGAUGAAGAGAUGGCUUUCAUUACCAAAAGAUUCAAAAGAUUUGUAAAAAAGAAGCAAGGUGUAAGGAAGUUUUUCAGAAAAGAUUUCAACAAAGAUUUUCAAAAAGAAGAAAGUCAUAAAAAAUCCGAAGUGAUCUGCUACGAAUGUAACAAGCCAGGUCAUUACAAAUCAGAAUGUCCAGAGCUCAAAAAACAAUUCAAGAAGGAUAAGAAGAAAGCCAUGAUUGCAGCACGGGGAGAAGACAGUGAUGAUAGCAACUCAGAGACGGAUAUUUGCAAAAGUGAAGUCACAAAACUAUGCUUAAUGGCACUUGAAGAUGAGGUAAAUGAUGACUCAUUUACCUUCGAUGAAUUACAAACUGCUUUUGAUGAAUUGCAUGAUGAAUUUAAAAAAUUAAGUUUGAAAAGUAAUUGUCAAAGAAAAUGA